AAACCUGCGAAUCUGAUUGGUCUACUGGAGACCGAGCCCCGGAUGUGACCGUUUUAAAGGGCUGGCUGGCUGGCUGGUGUUGACGGGUAGGGCUUCCCUUUUGGGAACUCUGCUCGAAAUGGAAAAGCAUGGUAUUCUCAAAGCUUUUCCCAAAGUGAAAAGGCACCGUCCAGCUGAAAGCAAAGAGGCACCUCCAGCCAAGAAGACACCAGUUCAAACAGUGACUGGAAAUGUGUUCCAGGGUGUCUCCAUCCACAUAAUCCCCACUGGUAUCGGAAAGGCUCGAUGUGACCUAUUCCACCAACAGAUCGUUCAGAAUGGGGGCAAAGUUGAGCCUAUCUUCAGUUCCAGCUGCACCCAUGUGGUUGUAGAUGAGUCUGUGGACAAAGAGCGGGCCUUGAGGCUGCUGAAGACUGAAACGCUGCCAUCUGCUGUGGAGCUGGUGAAGUGCAGAUGGCUCAGUUCUUGCAUCUCAGAGAAAAGGCUUGUGAGCACCGAAGAGUACAGUCUUCUUACAUCUAAAAGUCCUCAGCAUGUUUCUAUUGAAGAGCCAAAGAAGAGUCCGCUGGGUGCCACUUCUGUUUCUGAGGAAACGGCACCACAGGCUGAUCCUAAAAUAACCCAAGAUGACCCUGAAGAGACGGUCCCGGACACUCAGAACGAACAUCUUGAGGAAGAUGGUGUGUCACAGGACGACUUGGAGGCUUUGAUUAGUGGAGUUAAGUCUAGCGCGGGUGCCCCAGAUGAAGCCCAGAAUGUGUUGGAAAAACCUGCUUUGCCAGGGAAGUGGGUUUGUGCCCAGUCGUCCAAAAUCAAGGGCGAGAACCACAACAAGCACAUCACCGACAAGCUGGAGCAGUUGACCAAAGCUUACACCCACACAGGGGACAAGUGGAGAGCCCUGAGCUACUCGAAAGCUGUUAAUGCCCUUAAGAGCUACCACAAGCCUAUUACUUCAUAUCAGGAAGCAAAUCAGAUCCCAGGGAUUGGCAAAGCAAUGGCAAGUAAGAUUGAAGAGAUCAUGGACAGCGGACACCUGAGGAAGCUAGACAAUUUUGGGGAGUCUGUGUCUGUCCUGGAGCUGUUCACCAACAUCUGGGGCGCUGGUGCAAAGACCGCCCAGCUUUGGUAUCAACAAGGAUUUCGCACAUUGGAGGACAUUCGCACCAAGGCAACUUUAACCCACACUCUGAGAAUCGGUCUUAAACACUACGACGACUUCCUGGAUCGGAUGCCAAGAAACGAGGCUGCUGCCAUUGAGAAAACAGUGGAGGAGGCGGCCCACAGCGUGAACCCGGAGCUGCUGGUGAUAGCGUGCGGCUCGUACCGACGCGGGAAGGCCACGUGUGGAGAUGUGGACGUGCUUAUCACUCACCCAGAUGGCGUUUCACAUAAGGGUGUCUUCAGCAGCGUGCUCCACAUCCUUCACGAUAGCGGGUUUCUGACAGAUGACCUGGUCAGUCACGAGGAGAACGGUGAGCAGAAGAAGUACAUGGGCGUGUGCCGCCUGCCAGGGUCAGGCCAGCGCCACCGAAGGCUGGACGUUAUCGUGGUACCGUACAGCGAGUUUGCCUGCGCCUUGAUGUACUUCACUGGCUCCGCCCACUUUAACCGCUCCAUGCGUGCUCUGGCCAAGACUAAAAACAUGAGCCUGUCUGAGCACUCGCUGAACUGCGAUGUGGUGAGGAACCGUGGCGUUAAGGUGAUACCGGGGAGAGCGCUGAGCACACUGACCGAGAGCGCAGUCUUCGAGCACCUGGGAAUACCUUACCGAGCUCCUCGCGAGAGAGACUGGUAGUGAGGAGGAGUGAGACUGGAAGUGCGUUUCCAGCAUUUCUGCAAGACUUAGAUGCCUAAAUCAUUAAAUUAUAAAGACACUUAGGAAAAGUUAGUCUUAUAAACUGCCCUGAAUGUUGGGUUUCACACAUUUCACAAUGGAAAAGAGCUGAUUGAUUAUUUUUCUGUUUAAUUAGCUAAUUAGCUGUUUUUAAUCUUUGCCAUUAUCCUAUUUCUUCUACUGUGAACAUCUCCCAGUAAAAAAGAAAUCAUGUUAAAGUUCAUAUAAUGUACACACCGAAAUAUUACAAACAAAACAAUCAUGAUUUGUUCAAUGUAAAUGAAUAUAUUUAUAGGUUGCAUGAGCAGUUUGUGCUGAAAUGUAAAUUGUGUGCAUCUGAAACACGAAUGAAUUACUGAAACCCUUAUUUUUUUUUUUUAAACUCCGAUCUCAGGACACCUUUAAUGUUUUAACAAGUAAGGGCAUCAGCUAUCAUUAUAUUAUACCACAGUUAGUUCCGACCCUGCAAUGUGAUUGGCUGAGAGGCGUUUUAUGAGUGCCAUUAUCAGCCAGUACUACACUGUAAGCAAAGCUCACCAUGUAUUACUCCUCCACAUACAGGUAACUGAGCAACGAUGGAGCGCUUACAAGCCAAACAACGCAGCUACAGUCAGAGCAGCAAUGGAACUGUUUUAACUCGUGAAGUGUUUAUAAUCAAACAGGUCAUAUUUUCUUGUCCUCUUUAACUCAAAAUCAUUCAAUAAACAGUGAUAAUGGAACUGUGGUAUAAUCAUCAUAAUGCACUCAAGUUUUGUGCUAUACCGUGUAUUAUUGGUACCUAUGACUACAUUAUAGCACUCCCUUUUGUGUACUAUUGCUUAAUGAUCACUUGAUAAUCAGCUUUAAAGUACAUGUAUUGCUAGCUGUUUGUGCCACUUAAAAACUGCUGCAUAAACUCAUGAGCCAAUUAUCAAGCCCUCUUGGUGUACUGUAAUAACCCCUAAAGAGUUCAAACAAAUGCAUAGGCCACUUAUAAACUAAAACUACUCCUUUUGUUUACUACUUUUUGUUCGAUGAACAUUGAAGCACUGAACAUCUAGAAACACUUUUAUCAUUUUGUUUCAUUAUGAAUUAAAGCCAUAUUUAAAAGGGAAAGGACUCUACGUCAACAUGUUUUGUUAUCAAGUUUUUAUGUAUGGUAUUUUAUGAAACUUGAUUUGUUUUUAAUUGAGUCAUGGAUGUUAAAAACUCAUGUGAAGGAAAACUCAUGUCUAGUAAAAUCAUAUAGGAGCUGAGGUCAGGUAUGGGUAGUUUACUUGUGUUUACGAGAACAGUAGCCAUCAUGACACUGUCAGCUAUUACUGACAGCACAUGUACUGGACUGUUGUGAAUGUAGAAUCAUUGAUAAAAAAAUAAACUAUUAAAACACUAUAAAUAAUA